UCUUCAUCCUAUACUACUUAUGUCUUAUCUAUUGUUACCCCUGAACAUCCAGAGGAAUCCCUUCUGUAGAGGUCCGUGCUUCAAGGAGACAAAGCAGACAGAAAAGACAGGCUGUGCUGCUUUUACCAUCCCGAUGUCGACCUUCACAAAGAUGGACAAGAAAGCGGUGCAAGAUCACCUGCGGCUCAGAGUCAAAAUGGAAGAGGAAGGAACAGGUAUUUCACGCCCACAAGAGAAGAGGAUACAGAUUUCUUAUGUUAUUGGGAAGCUGUCCUUUAUUCACAUACCCAAGAUUUAUAACAAAGGAGAAAAUGUGGCGGGACAAGUCAAAGCAGUUCACUUCAAUAAUACACCCAUUCCUGACAUGAAGCUCUACGUGUUUGAGGGUGAAAGGUGGUCAGCACGUCGGCUACAUAAUCUCACCACUGACAGCAAUGGCUUCGCCAGUUUCUCACUUAACACAAGAAAACUUUGGAGGGACAUCCAGCUCCACGUCUUAUCCAAAGGAGCCAUUGUCACGCAGGAUUUAAACAGGUUGAAGUUCAAGAUCAGUCAGGUGGUGAAUGAGGGCGAGGGUGCCUUUAAGUUCAGUGGAGUCCAGACUCAGCACCAGACAUCCAGGUGCUGGGCUUACACCAUCCUGCCCAGUGAGACGGUGAUCGCCCACAGUGCUGACUUCUCCACAGAGAAAAUGUUUCGGUCACAAGUUCUGGUUCUGUGGUUUCCCUGA